AUGUCGACUACCUCCGCAUCCCGAACCUCUCCGUCACGGGCACCAACUUCUCAGCCCAAGAUCCGUUCGUCCUGUGACGCAUGCCAGGCCGCCAAAAUCAAAUGCGGUCAGGAGAGACCCAGCUGCCAGCGGUGUUGCACGCAGGGCACCGAGUGUGUCUAUGGCAUCUCGCGUCGCAUGGGCCGCCCGAAGUCGAAGAACACGCGUGCACCACCUAAGAAGGACACCGUACCCCCACCCCGGAAGACGUCGCCGCUGCAUCCGCUGCCAGAUGCGGCAUCCGACUUCCACGACUUCGACUUUUCCACCACCACCCCCAUGGGCACCCAGCCCAGCGGCACCACUCACUUCGCCACCCUGGGACCUGCGCCAGAUUCAGGCCCCCAAGAUUACCCUCCGGCCACCAAUCUUCAGCAGCAGGAUGCGCCUUGCCCGUUUCCGCACACGCCAAAUUCUGACGCUGGGCCUGCGCAACCGCCGCUGACGGCCGAGCUGGAUUGGCAUCCCGACAUGGCAUUGGCAUUGGACGAUUCCACCACCGUCCGUGGCUUCUCCCCCACUAUGGAUCUUUUCGGUGCCGGUCCGGCCUCAAUGGAUGCCUUCUCGCACGCCCAAGACUUCGAUCCCAUCAUUUCUCUCCUGGCCCACUCCAACAAUGCGAAUGCGAGCUCGCCGAAUGACAGCGGUUGUGCCGGACUCCCCUCACCCGGGCCCCCCGACUGCAGCUGCUACUCGACCAUACUGGGAAGCAUCCUCGCUUCUCGCCUGGAAGAACGUACCACUACUGUAGCGUCAGCCGAUGCUAUGCUAAAGACGGCGCGGGACGCCCAGAACAUGCUCUCGAAGAUUCUGACAUGCAGUUCGUGCAUGCAGGAUCAGUUUGCCCUCCUGCUGGGCCUGACUAGCCUGAGCAAGACCGUGUACCUGCUCGACAGAACCGCCAGUCUUGAACUGAGACCGGACCGGCGGCACCCUACAUCCGGACGUAUCUCCGAGCCACAGUUCAAGAGAAUGCGCUCACGCUCCUCCUGGCCGCGUCCGUUCGUCAGCGACUGCAGCUUACGUGUCGGCUUCUUCGAGGUGGUACCAGAUGGCCGAUCUGACUUCCUGCGCAACGUUCUACACCUCCGCUUCCACAAUCUCGCCCAGAGUCUCGAAGACCUUCAAUCUCGCUUGGGACAAGUUGCGGACAGCCCGGUCAGCAAAGCGGGCCUGAUCUUGGCCAGGGACGUGGCAGAACGCUUGCAGGCCGCCCAGGGGAAGAUGGAGCUUUGGGAGUAA